GAGCAUCGGUUGGGCGAGCACGCAGCACCAGCGAAAGAGCUGAACGCAAGUUUUCUCCCCUGUUCUUGCAACGUACAAAUCCGGGAAGAAAUUAUAAAAAAAAAAAACAAAAAUAUUGUAAAGUGUAAUUUUUCCGCGAUUGCGUUGGCACAACAGUGAGAAGAGUGAUUUUAUGUUUGUUGCGUGACCACUUGAAGGCGGGCGUGUGAACUUUUCCAAGAAACCGAGAUUUUUUCGGUUAGUCCUGCAGCUGAAACAAGGAUUUGCCUCUCCCUGGUCAGGAUCACGGAACGGAGAGCUGCCACCGGAGGAAGGAAAGGUGGAGAAGAACCACACACGAGGACAACAGAGAAGAGAGAGGAUUGCCUCGGACUUUUGGAGUCUCGUGUGCUAGUGUUUGUGCGCGCGCACACAGCCUACUGCAGUUUGGCCCACAACAGCAGAUUUGAGGCAAAAUAAUACACAACAUCCGGUCCGCUGCAUCGGCCUACUGCGAGUGAAUCGGCCGCGGGAUCCGGCACGUCCAGCAAAACUUUGUUAUCGCCCGAAAGUGCAGAGGAAUUUAUCGAUUUGCGAAACAGGCAUUCGCGAAACAAGAUAAGACUCUUCAAGGGGACAAAAAGGCUCCGCGCAAAACGUUAGAUAAAGGUGUGAUUUUGCUUGCAGCAGCAGCAGCAGCAACAGUUUGCACAAACACCACCGCAGAAUCGACGAAACGACGGGUCGCGCCUUUGUGUGAGUGUGUGUGACGGUCCGUGGCCACAGUCAAGUUGUUGUAAAUUGCAGUGGGCAGAGCAGAAAAUAAAAAUCCGCCAAGGGGAACCCAAAAGAGACCUGGACACAGGGCGACCGUUCCUGGACCCUGUGCAGAAUUUACUCCGGGAGCCUUAGAGAUUUUAGAUGUUUUCCCCGCCAAGAAGCUGCGCUGCGUUGUGGUGCUGCCGUUGUGUUUACAUUGGGGCUUGCCUUGGAAAUUAACAUAACUCUGCUGCGACUGCGAGUGUUGUCUCCAGCGCGGAAAGGUCGUGUGGGACCAGUGAGUGAGAGAUAGGUGGUGUGGCCUUACCCCCCUUCCCAGAAGAUUUUGUGUGAUUUGUCAAGUGCUUCUAGAGAGAAAAAAAAGUGUUCGUUACAGUUUGAAAAGUUUUAAGAUAUCGAAAGAAGUGUUACAGUUGACGAGAGAGAGAGAGAGAGAAAAAAAGAAGGAAGUGGUCGUCAUGUUGCUGCCCGAAGGUUUCCAGCACGUCGGCAACGGCUGGCUCAGUGUGGACGCAAAUACAGUUCAACAGUUGCGGGUUCAGCAGGACCUGGCCGAGAUCUACGACAUCGAAGAGAGCUGGUUUGCAAAAGGAAAGUACGGCACGGUGCGGCGAGCGGUCGACAAGAAGACCGGCGUCCACUAUGCGGCCAAGUUCCUGCGGCGGCGCCGCCGCGGCCAGUGCUGCGCCAAGGAGAUCAACCACGAGAUUGCCGUGCUGAUGCUGUGCGCUAGCUCGCAGCACAUUGUCCGGCUGCAUGCGGUCCACGAGACGCGCUCCGAGACGGCACUGAUCCUGGAACUCGCAACCGGUGGCGAACUGCAGACAAUCAUCGACAACAAAGGGCAACUGUCGGAGGAAAAGGCUCGAACGUGUAUGCGUGAAGUUCUGCGUGCCCUCAACCAUCUGCACAAACAGUCCAUCAUCCAUUUGGACCUGAAGCCACAGAACAUUCUGCUCAUUGGAAACGACGUUGAAGACGGUUUGAAGCUAUGCGACUUCGGUAUCGCGCGUAUCAUCGGUGAUACGGGCAAGAUAAUGGAAAUCCUGGGCACCCCGGACUACGUCGCGCCGGAGGUGCUCCAGUACGAGCCACUCUCGCUGCGGACCGACAUCUGGUCGAUCGGCGUGCUGACGUACGUGCUAUUGACGGGCUACUCGCCCUUUGGCGGCGACAACAAGCAGGAGACGUCCCUCAACAUUACCAAGUGCCUCCUCGACUUCCCGGAGUAUCUGUUCGAGAACGUGUCGGAGGAUGCGAUCGACUUUAUCAAGUGUGCGCUUCGAAUCAAGCCAAAGGAGCGCCCGACCGUCGAAGAAUGCCUCGAACACCGAUGGCUCAAGGAGAAGACCGAAAAUACACAAAAAGUACCAAAAGACCCGCUGACGGCGACGGCUAAUACCACCAUCACCGUAGUGGCGAAGCAGCUUCCCCAAGAAGAGGACGAACCUUCCUGCCCGCUCAUCAUUGAAAAUGUACCCCUUCUGCGCCCCUCCAACGGUCACCACAAUGGCCACGGCAACAACGGUGUCUCCGCCGAACUGCCGGAGGAAGCCAAGUCCAAGCCGUCAUCGCCCGAAGAGGACGACGAAUCCGAAACAAACAAGGAGAACGUUCUGCAAGUACAAAACGCAAGCACUCCGGUGCCACCGGUCAGCGUGGUGGAAAUCGUUACCGUGUCGCUGUUUCCGGACGCUCCGACGACGCCCAAGGUCAGCCGGAAGGCGCCACCCUCCGAGCAGCAACAGAACGGCCAACUCAAUCAUGGAAGUCACAACCACCAUCACCACCACCACCAUCAUCAUCUGAGUCAUCAUCAUCACAGCAGCAGCGCCACCAGCAGGUACCACCACACAACCAACAACAACAACACUACCACCACCACCACCAUCGUGAGUAGCAGGCAGUCCUCGACGUGCAGUUCCACCCCGAGUCCGCACUCCGUGAAGGCCUACGUACAAAAGUUCCAACAGCAGCAGGAAUCCACAACCGCUACGACAGCCGCCGUUAUGCUCCCGAUGGAGAAUGGAUUCUGCGCCGCGGCCGCCGCUACCCUGUGCUGCCUCAAGUGCUCGGAGGAAACCAUGGGCGGGGGUCCGGCGUCGGCUGCGGGCUUAGCCGUGGCCGUCGCGACCGUUGCCAGCCGAAAAACGCUCCAGUGUGGCGACAAGGGGAUCAUCUGCUGAGAGCCGGUUCCCGGCGGAAGACCGCUGAGCUAGUGUUUUGUUUAGGGCGUCAGUGCCCCCCCCCCCCUUCCCCACCUAACCCCUCCCUUACGCGCGCUGGUGUGUAGACUUCGUUCGGAAAACGCUUGAUGCGUUACUCGAUUCAGGGACGACGGGAAUGGUCACACGCGCGGCCGGGGCACGGGGUUAUUUUGGGAGAAAGUACUUAUGUGAGCGAAAAUUGUUCGGGAAUCGAACCUACAAAUCGGUUGAAUAUUUUUCGAUCCCAUUUAGGUUAAGCAGCAGGCGCGUCUUGUAAGUAUAGUUCGUUAGAGAGAAGCGUUUUGAUCAUAUUUUAGAUCGUAAGUAUGUAAGUUUAUAUUUUGCUAUUUAUGUAAUUUUUCCCCUCCGCAAAACAUACAAAAGGUGGAAACAACGAGAGAACUGGAUGUUCUGUUCUGAAAUCAAAAUCCAAUCUUUUGAAUUGUCCCAACGCGAAGCCAUUCGCUGUUGGUCCAUUUUAAUAUGCUUUUCGUACGUUUUGGGUUGGAGCCAAAAAUAAAACAAACUUUAUUAAAUUUGCGGCAUUUAAGAAGCGUUCGAAAACGCAUUUUUAGUUGGUGAACAAUUGAUUCGCGUCCCUUUUCCCUUGUUACUAACCCCAUGUACAUAGUAGAUUAUUCUCUAGAUAAACGAAUAAGCGGAAACGAAGUUGAUUAGCAUCAAGCAGGUCGAGUGACCCUUUGUUAUAUAGGAAGAAUUAGCCAAGAGUUUGUACCCCGUAAAUCGUUUCGCCAAACCUCUAAAUAAAAAAACAGCCUUAGCUUAAAACCGUUGAUUGACAAAGUUUAAAUGGGCGUGUUAUCGAGAGCAAAUGGGACUACCUAUUACAAAACAGUUUACACGGAAGUGGCCAUUUGUUCGAGUUGUGUAUGUGAGCGUGCGUGAAAAAUGAUCUGAAGCUACAAUGCUGUGAAUGUGUAAAUAUUGUCGCACGAAGGAAUUGUGUGCGAACAACAACAACACUUACAACGCUUUUUUAACUUAUUUCACGCAAAUUUGGGCACAGUAAAGCGUUUCUACACGAUGCCACUGCUGCUGCAGUGAUACCAAAACAAAAUCCUUCUACUUAUCGUUAGUUUAACUCCCCCAACCAAUCAACAAAACCAAUUGGCAGGCAAGACAUGAAGUUCAAAGUUUUACACCCCCCAUUUCCGUUAACUUGUCUUGCAGAAUGAGAAUGAAAGAAAUACUUUAUAUCUGUAGUAACCUCCAGUCGUUAGAUUUUUAGUACAUGCUGUUCUUUUUUAUACGUGAAUUUUAACAACUUUAUUUUGUAAGAACGAUACAAAAAAACACUCAAUCGCGGCUUGGUUCGAGAAAAGAGGUACAAUGCUGCUAUAGGUUCUAGUGCUUGCUGAUGUUUAACUGAACAGUGCAGAUUGGGUGACAAAUAGAUUGUUCGGAAAUAUGAAAA